AUGAAUUCAAGUUUGAUUGCACGAUUUUAGAACAGCGCAGUUGUUCAUUAUGCAUAGCGAGGAUGGUAUUGGACUAAUAGGAUUGGAAAGUUGAAUAUUUUGACUGUUGCAGCAAUUUGGUAUGUAUGCGCAGAAAGGUAAUGAAUGAAAGAAAGAUUAUUUAGUCAAAUCGCAGGCCAUUAAAGAACGACCUUAUACAGACAUAAUUGGAUCUAGAAUCCCAAGCCUUCACGUGUGAUCUUUGAGGAGAGGUUCUGA